AUGAGCCCGCUGCGGGCCAGGCCGGGGCUCCUGGUGUGCGCCGCCCUGGGCGUCUUUGUUUUCCUCUACCUGCGGGACCCCACUGCCGAGGAGCCCGGGGAGGGGCCCCCACGGCCCCCGGUGGUAGAAUGUGGCUAUUACCCAGAUGAGCUGUGCUCAGCUUUGUUCGCUGGCAAAGAGGCAGCCCCCCAGGUGGCCAAAUUCUGUAAGAACCCGCAGGGGUCUGAAAUAGGCGCUCACUUCCACGCUCCAGGAAACUGCUCGCGGCUGACCCGGGGGCUGCGUUUCAUCACCAGGCCCCUGUCGGCAGAGGAGGGCAACUUCUCUCUGGCCUACAUUAUCACCUUCCGCAAGGAGCUGGCCGUGCUGGUGCAGCUCCUCAGAGCCAUUUACGCCCCGCAAAACGUCUACUGCAUUCACGUCGACGAGAAGGCCCCGAGGAAGCAGAAGGCGGCGGUGCAGGCCCUGGUCAGCUGCUUCGAAAACAUGCUCCUCUCACCCCGCAGCGGGGAGGCGGCGGCCAGCGGCCCGACGCGCCUCCAGGCUGACCUCGGCUGCAUGCGCGCGCUGGCCCGCCCCGCGCUCCGGUGGAGCCACGUCCUUAACCUGUGCGGCCAGGACUUCCCCAUCAAAACCAACAAAGAAAUUGUACACUACAUCAGAAGCAGGUGGAGAGAUAAAAACAUCACCCCUGGGGUCGCCCAGCCGCCCAACAACGGAUCCACGACCAGUCCCGGCGCGCCCGAGGCGCCCCCCGACGCCAGCGUCUAUGCCGCCCCCGGGCAGACACUCAAGGAGCCGCCUCAUAACUUGACCGUCUAUUUCGGCAGCGCUUACUACGUCCUGACGAGGAAGUUUGUAGAGUUCGUGCUGACCGACACCCGUGCGAAAGACAUGCUGCAGUGGUCCGCGGGCCUGCGCAGCCCGGAGCGCCUCUACUGGGCGACGCUGAACCGGCUGAAAGAUGCUCCGGGAACCACACCCCACGCGGGCUGGGAAGGCGACGUGCGGGCCGUCAAGCGGAGAAACGAGGAGGGGAAGGGCCACGAUGGGUGCAAAGGUCACUACGUCCAGGACAGCUGCGUGUACGGCCCGGGAGACCUGCCGUGGAUCAUCCAAUCCCCUUCGCUGUUUGCCAACCAAUUCGAGGCCUCGAGCGACCCGCUGGUGGUCACCUGCUUGGCGAGGCGGCACCGGCUGCGGGUGCUGCGGGCCGCGGAGGUGCCCGUGGAGCCGCACUGGCGCUUCGACCAGGAGGGGCACUUUGACAUGAAGCUGAGUGCCGAACGACGGCAGCAGACGCGGCCCGGGAAGAGGGCCGUCCGAAAAUGA